GUGGUUCAAGCAUUCAACCAAAGUGAUAAUUUUCUUAUCACUUACAUUGACAAUUUGGUACAUAUUUUUUACUAACGAUUUUACUUCAGUGACUUACAAUAAAUGGAAUUAUAAAACACCUAAAAACAUAUUUGUACCACAAAGUAAUCUUACACACAAAUUCAACAAGAAAGAAAAUCAUCAGAAGCUACAUUUUCAAGAUGGGAAUCUGACACAUAAAUUCAACAACGAAGUCUUUGACACAAACUUUCCAAAGGAGAAAGAAAAUCAUCAGAAGCUUCAUUUUAAAGAUGGGAAUCGGACACAUAAAUUCAACAAUGAAUUUUAUGACACAAACUUUCCAGAAGAGAAUCACAUUGUCAUAACUACUGGAAGACGAAGUGGAUCAAGCUUUAUUGGAGAAUUAUUUAAGCAAAAUCCUGAUGUAUUUUAUGUGUUUGAACCAUUAAAACCAUUGGAUAUACUCCACUCAAAAAAUGUGUCAAAGGACAUUAUACAGGGCCUUGGAGUUAAAUAUCUGAGAAAAACUAUGGAAUGUAACUUUGAUAAAUCAUAUAUAAAUCUGCUAAUGCGGUUCCUAAAACAAGAAAAAUUAUGGACAAUUAAACGAAUAUUUCCAGAUUGUUCAUCCAACAAGGACAUUAAAGAAAAAUGUACCAAAAGGAAGAAUGUUGUAACCAAAACUGUUCGUAUUAAGUCUCUAGAGGGUUUGGCUAAUAAUCUUGGAAGAAACUGCACAGUUAUCUUACUCAUACGAGAUCCACGUGGAGUUUUCAAUUCAAGACUACAGGAGAAAAAGGAAUAUAAGGAUCUGCCAUUGUAUGAAAAGGAAGAGGACAUGAAAGAACUUUGUGCAAUAAAUGUUGAAGAUCUAAAGUUUCUCUCUAAAAUAAUAGAAGAUAAAUUACCAUAUAUUAUGCCAGAUCUUCCCUCGUUAGGUCUUGUAAUUUAUGAAGAUGUUGCGCUAGACCCAAUGAAACAAGUAGUAAAACUGUACAAACAUUUGCAACUGCCAUUUCAUGAAAAUGUGAGAAAAUGGAUAUUAACACAUACAAACACAUCUGAAUCACAUCUGUUUCGUCGAAAAAAAACGUAUGGCACAUCAAGAAACUCGAGUGAUAUUCCUCACAAAUGGAGGCAAGAACUUUCGUUCAAAGACAUUAAGAUGGUUGAGUCAAUCCCAGAAUGCGCAACUUUGAUUCAGAUGCUUGCAAAACCUAAUAAACUGUCAGAAUACUGGUAUAAUAGCAGAUAA